AUUCUGUCAAAAUACCACACCGAACGAUAAAAAAACCACCAUAGAACGUAAAUUGGAUUGAAUAGUGAUAUGAAUGUUACUUCAGAUUCCGCACAGUGGGCGCUCUAGAUUUUAAGAGGUUCUUUUGCACUUGCUGAAAAUAAGAUAGCAGUAAUGGCAACAGCAUCCGCAACAGACAGGCUGUCUGAAUUAUCAGAUGACAUUCUUUUAACAGCUAUUCUCUCAAAUAUUUCUUACAGAGAUGUUGUACGCUCCUCCAUCCUCUCUCAGAGAUGGAGGUUCUUGUGGAGGAAAAUACCUGUCCUCAAGUUUUGUCCUGAGGAUUUUGAGAAACAGAAAGAUGACAUGAGGAUACAGGCCAUAAUUAACAAUGCCCUGCUACACCUCGAUGCUCGUCUUUGCUGUUUGGACCUUCAGAUUUUCUUGAAUAGCCCUAAAGCUAUAGAUUUGAACAACUGGAUUCGUCUUGCAGCGGAAAAAAAGGUGAAAAGCAUGCAUCUAGAAAUAUCUUGUACGCCGAUUAUGGGGUUUUCCAUGGCGAGGCUUGGGGACUCUCUUUUUAGCUGUGAAAAUCUCAUUAACUUACAAUUAAGAUCCAUCCAUCUACCCAAGAUACCCGCUAAUUCUGGGGUUUUCCCAUUCCUGAAAACAUUUUAUUGUUUCCAUAUUCCGAAUUUGGAUGAUUCCAUGUUUGAGGGACUCAUUGCCCUAUGCCCACAACUUAGAAAUUUGUUGAUUCGGGGUUGUGGGGGAUUGGAAAAGUUGAAGAUACAUUCUUCCAGUCUCAUGUACCUAAAUCUAGGAGUCUCCAGCCCUUAUUCAUCAUUGCAAAUGGCUUGCCCUCUGUUGACAGAAAUCAGCCUCAUGGAUUUUUGGCCAUACCAUAUUGGGCUUAAAUUGCUACAAGGAAUUUCAAAAGCAGAAUCUAUUAAAAAAAUUACUCUUCGGAAUCACAAUGUGCGCGAUCCAUUCCAUCCUGGAAUUCCAACUAUUACUGCUCUUAAUGCCUUUCCGGGGCUUGAAGAGUUGACAAUCCAUGGCCUAUGUUUCCAGGAGAUGAUAUCAGAUAGGAUGCAAAUAGCAGAGGUGAAAUUGUCAAAUUUGAAGAUGGUGCGUGCCCAUAUUGGGACACACAAGGGUGGACGGGCACUAACUUUUCUAGGUUUUCUUCUCAAAAAUAGUCCAUUAACAAGUAUAAUUAGGGUUUAUCUGCCUCAACUCUGCACUGGGAUCAUGCAAAAUAAAAUGAAAGAUUUGGAGAAGCAGUUCUCAAAAUCAAGAUCUUUCACAUUCACAAAUAGCAAUGGUUGUGAAUUUUGUGAGAGAUGCCCUGAAUAUUAGUAUCAUGGGUUGGCAGAAUUUGAUAAACUGUUCUAUUCUAGGAAACCAAAAUCUCUUCAAAUAUCUUCUUGAAUUUUUCUUGUCAACAAACAUUACUCUUUUAUUUUUUAAAUGACCAACAUUGUUAGGCCCAGGACAGAACACCUCAUCCACAAAUUUAAAACAUUAAAUGGUGCGCGGUUCUGUUAUUUGGAUUUCAUUUUGUAAUAAGUGAUGCAAAAUUCUAUCA